GUAUAGAUCAAGUGGAUAUAAGAUGUGACUAUUUAAUAAUUUAAUAAUAAUAACACUUAUGUUCCAUUCCGAUGUUCCAAUAAUGUAGAAUAAGUAGUAAGGACUAUGUGAAGAUCAGAAUAGGGUAACACUUGAAUUGAGAGAGACAAUUGGAAGCAGACGUGAAAAAGCUAAGCUGAACAGAAAUUAAAUAAAAUAAAACCUCAAGAAUUGAAAUAAAUAAUAUAAACCUGCGUCAACAACUUCAGAAGUGGGAUAGUCCCAUUAAUACAUUCGCCUACAUAGCCAUACCUGAGAGCACACAUUUUUUUUCCGCUUUUAUAAUUACGACGCCAUUCUGAAAUGGACAAGACAUUGGAAGAAGAAGAAGCACUGCUUGACGCCGCCAUAAGGGUUGCUGAGAAGAAGAAAAUAUUGGCCGGAUUGAUGAAAAACGUCGACAAAACGACAGAUGACCUCCAAAUGGUGAUGCACCUCGUGAGCCCGUUUUCUGCCACUGAAAAUGAGGAAGCCCUUAAGUGGAUUUUGAAUUUUGAGAGAGUCUGCAGAGAUAUCAACACAUGUACAAAUUUUCAACUGCGCUGCGUACGAAUGUUGAUGAAAUCGGGUACAGAUGCCGACUUGUUUGUGAGUGUUGAUCGAUCGAACACUUACGACGAAUUUAAGACAAAUUUCAUAAAAACAUUCGGUCGUGGAAGCUCAACUGCUGAUAUUGUAUUGCUACUUAAGGAAACCAUGUUCAACCCCGCGAAGAACACCGUUAUGGGAUACAUACUUCUGAUGGAGGAAAUUGCUAUGCGUGCAAAUAUUGACGAAAAAUUGACAGUGCAGUUCGUCAUUGAUGGUUUUCGCGAUCGUUCAGCCAAUAUCGCUAUAUUGUACACAGCAACAACAAUCGCACAAUUGAAGGAAUUGGCUUGGAAGUAUGGCAAUCUAAGGAAGAAGUCACACAAUUUUCCUCAGCGCAUGGAAAAUACUGGAGGAGAUCGGAAAACAGUCCGGUGCUACAAUUGCUCUGCUUAUGGGCACUACGCUUCGUCGUGCACUGCGCCGAAACGCGAGAAGGGAUCUUGUUUCCGUUGUGGAUCCCUCCAACAUAUGCUAAAGGAUUGUCAGCAGAAGCCAGCAAGUGAUCCGAGAGUGGUGGGAGCAGCCAACAACCAGCCGAUACGAGAUGACGAAGAGGAGCCUAAUAUGUUUAUUCCGAUUUUUAACCAGCGCCAUUAAUUUAAUUCAGCACUCUGCGAUUCCUUAUAAAAACUUUAGCGAUAUACUGGUCCCGACGAAUUACUAUGGAGUUAAUGGAUUUAAAAUUAAAACAUUCGGAAAAAU